GAUAGCGCGUUCAAACAGCCUGAGAUUUAGGUCAACAAUCUUCAAGUGUUUCCUCCCGGAUCUCCAAGUCUCCGCCCUUUGUCGUCGGUGAUCUCUUUAUGAUCGCAGCAGGAGAAGACGGGCUCGUAUUGAUAUAGCACAUUCGCGGACUAUCCGUGAAAAAUCGCCAUGGAAUCGCUCGCCCUUCCGACGCCACGAGCUGGAAGGAAACUAGACGCAGAAGAGAAGAGUCAGAUGUUACAGAAUUUCGACCUUGAAGUUGAAAUGAAACGCCAACAGUUCGAAGAAUGGCUAGCUGAUCAACUAGAGAGCUUUCGCAUACGACAAGAAGGCAAGAUCCUACAUAUACCGCGUCUCGUGCGAGAUGUCACGCUUAGAGACUUUGCCAAAUACAGAGGAGACAUACAGGAAUGUUUGAAGGGCCUGCAAAGGGAACGGCUUGGCGGUGAAGUUGGUGCUAUCGAUAGGACAACUCGCAAGAGGAAGUGGAUUGAAUCCCAAGAGACGGAAGUGGUUAAAGAGACAGAUGUUUCAACUUCCGAGGGCAGUAAAGGAAUGAAGAGUGCCCGCAUGAUGACAGCUACUCCGAAGAAGGCUGGUCCUUCGAAUGUACCAGGAACUGGACAACGCUCGCGACUUCCCCUAACGAAAACUCCAAGCACGAUGAGGACCCGGCCACCUAUCCGGGAGCCCUCUCCAAGUCCACAUAAACCAUCUCUGGCAGGUGCCAAUGGCAGACCAUUUGCAUUCCCUCGUUUAGGACCCGGUUCUCGCCCUACUUCUCCCGUUAAGCCACUUAUAUCGCCAUCUAAGCCUACGCGUCCAGCUUCUCCUUCCAAAGCCCAUCCUCCUCAAGUUCGUGUCCCUUCCUCCUCCACAUUUAACCCCACUUUACCGGAGACAACUCAAUUACGCUGGCCACGUAAAGACGAGAACAUGCUUUCUGUCAAUGGAUCUCCUCUCGCAAACCCAUAUCGGUUAGGUUUUAGUUUUGGAUUUGCUGGCUGGUUAGCGGAUGCAGACGAAGAUGAUGAUGAAACAAGACCUGGACAGAAUACAAUCAAUACACCAGGGAAAGCCCACAGGAGAACUAAUAGCAUCAUCGUCCGCUCCCUCUCGGGAACCUCAUCAAAUCACCUUCGGUCGGAUUCGCAAGCUAGUAUCGCGCCUACAACCGGCACACAUUCACGCACCAACUCUAACAACAACGGUUUCAUCCCCCUACGCAAAACGCCACCAUCCACUAGCCAGGAUCCUCAGACCCCUCGAAAUCAAGGGCCAACGCCGUCAGCUGCUGCACUUGUUGCAGUCCCGACGAAGGAUGGGCAUGUGCUCGAAUUUGAUCCAUUGCAGACGAGUCCGGAUGAGAUUGACUCGUUGGAGGGAAUUACGGAUAGUGCGAAGAAACAGGCGAAGGAGGAUAUCGCGAGGUUGGUGUUGAAGGCUGUUGAAAGAUGGAAGAUUACUUGAGAAUCGGACUUGGAUCUUGUGCGGACUUCCGAGUCUGGUUGUAGGAGAAGGAGAAAGCUCAUCCAUGUUGCUUUCGUCUCAGCUUAUUUUGGCAAAGUCCGAAAUGAUCACAUGCGACCUGUAGUCCAGAGUCUUCCAAAGUUCAAGUGAAGUGCACAGUGUCGCCACUUCGACUUCCUUUCAACAAAACUCCAGCGUAACCAGGCGUAACCACUGGACAUUUUGCUGCAUGACGAUGUCUUUUAACUCUGCAAGCCAUACUAAUGCAGUAUUUGGAUGACGUGACGGUGUCGAUGAUGAAUCUACUUGCGGUGCAACACUCAUAUGCGUGCAAUCAUGUUUUCUAACUCUCUUCAUAUACUGCACAGUCUCAUCGUAUUUUAGCAUGCUUUGCCAUGAUUCAGUAUGAUUUGUCGCUAAUGGCCAAAUGUCGCUGUGGCAACUCCUUUGUUGCAACCUUCACUUGACUUUUCGAUUGUUGCCAGGGCCCUUCAACUAUAGGAUCUCUACACUUUCGCGAAAAGUAUACCCUCUGAAAAAUACAAACAUGGUAAAUAU